AUGGCCUCCCCCUGGCCCUACACCCGCCGCAAGUCACCACCUCCACGCAGCCGCUCCCCGUCACUCCCAUCAUGGUACCAUCGCAUUCUCGAGUACCCAGACUACACUGUUUCCUACGAAGACUUUGACGAGGACAUGUCGGAGCUUGGGGAAUCCGAAUCCGAACCCGUUCACAGCGACACUUGUGAAUGUGGCUGCAUACCAUAUGAGUCAGGAUCCUCGUGUGGAGAAUCUGAUCUAGAGGGAUCCGAGCUUGAUGACGAAGAUGAAUCUGACUUUGAUCAUGAGUCUAUUGGAUCUCGUGUUGGUUGCUCUGAUUGGGAGUCAUCUGACGACGAGCGAGACUCGAGACUCGACUCGACUCGGUCCCGCUCCCGCUCUGGGCGCGAAUAUGACUACUACUAUGAGCUCAAAAAACUACGAGAAGAACGCAGGAAGCAAAUGAAACAAGAGGCCAAAGAUGGAGAACCAACAAUGAAGGAGGAAACCCGGCGGACGGAACUACGGAUACAGAAGCAAGUCAACAAGGCCUAUUACCGGGUCAGGCAUCGACGUGGCCGUCGUGAGAAUCUCGUCCUCCGACGAAAAGUCUUUUCGCUCGGCUCCCCCGACCACUGUCAAUAUGCAUACCUUGGACAUACUGUCCAAUUCAUGUCCAAGUAUGUCGAAUUUGACGAUUACCCCGCUGAAGGAUCGUCGAGCCGGCCCCCACCAGGUCAAAGGCCAGAGCUCAGAGGUCACGUCUUCAUGCACUCGACAGACGCUUGUUUCUUUAGCGGGCCGGCUCCUCCUGCACGACCGGGUCUCAAGGAGUUUGUCGUCCGGUGUCAUGGUGGGGAGCAUAAGUUGACUUUCCAGUUCAUCGACAAACAUCACCUGAUCAUGAAGGUGCCCCGAGAGGUGGUGUUUGGGUGUCAUCCUCGGAAGAUGCCGCCUAAUACUCCCAAGAUUUUAACCUUUUACGGCGUUGAAGAGAAAUGA